GCGGCGGCCGCGGGGGAUGGAGCCUUUCCUCGGCUGCACCGGCGCCGCGCUCCUGCUCUGCUUCAGCUACGCCGGUUGGCGCCCGGUGGAGGCAGACAGCCCGUCGGCUCCAGUCAAUGUCACAGUCAAACACCUGAAAGCCAACUCAGCCGUUGUGACUUGGGAUGUUCUGGAAGAUGAAGUUGUCAUUGGAUUUGCAAUUUCCCAACAGAAGAAGGACGUGCGGAUGCUGCGCUUCAUCCAGGAGGUGAACACCACCACCCGCUCCUGUGCCCUCUGGGACCUAGAGGAGGACACUGAGUACAUUGUGCAUGUCCAGUCCAUCAGCAUCCAAGGCCAGAGCCCUGCCAGUGAGCCAGUCCUCUUCAAGACCCCCAGGGAAGCUGAGAAACUAGCCUCUAAAAAUAAAGAUGAGGUGACAAUGAAGGAGAUGGCGAUGAAAACCCAACAGCUGCGAGCGGGGGAGAUUCUCAUCAUUGUUGUGGUGUUGUUUAUGUGGGCAGAAGGCACUGCUGACAAUGCCCUCAGCCAGCCAACAGGAUGCCUCCAGCCCUUCAAAUGCUACAGGUCACUGCAAUUAUCUGGCUAUUUGUGGCUCCAAAUUUUAUGCAAAUCAGAAAUGUACAAGUCUCAUACUCAACACCCACUAUUAUACGGACACUAAAAUGCCCUUCAAAAUCAAUGAAAAUAUUGGAAGCACCGAAAGAACAAGUGGCCUCAAACAUCAAAACCUCAAUAAACCCAGAUCCUCUCAACAUCCACUGUUAAAACACGAAGAACAGGAUUUAAUAGGAAGAGGAGGGACAUCAGCAGAAUCAUAUUCACCUAAAGGAAGGAAAAGUCUAGAUGAGUUUGAGAUGGUGUGGGGGAAAAAAAAUGGUGUGGGUUCCAAAGAGAACCAAGAGUUUUUCUGACAUGAGUUGAAGACCAUACUUCAACAGACCUCACAGAAAUGGCUCCUAUGAUUUAAAGUAGCAAAUAGGGAGAGGAAAAUGCCCCUGAGUCCUGUUCCUCCAGCUUGGCAUGUGUGAAGUGGCUGCAGCCAGCCCUCCAGCCUGCUCCUUUUGGGAAUGACAUGCCUGAGUUAAUGGGAAAUCAAGUCUGGAGGUGUUUGUUUGCUGUUUCAAGCCUUGGCCUCCCCUGGCUGCCAGGCAGCUGCUGCUCCUGCUGCAACGUAAAACAUUAAUGAAACAAGAUUUGCUCCCUGCGAGGCACAGAGCACGUUGCCCACUGGGAAGGGUUCAGGUGACCCAAGGAAACUGGCAGGCCAGGAAAUCAGCUCCCUGGCAAAGCUACGAGGCAGAGAAGACAACCUUUGCCACUCAGAAUGUGGCCCUCUUGUCAAGCCACAUUUCUACACAGAGUGUGUGUAAAUAUUUGCACAGAGAUUUCUCCUCAGUCAGAAGUGAAGGUGUGUCCCCCAGGAGCACUGAGUGGCUAGUGGCUUUGGCAGCUUGUCCCACCUGGAAAGGUGUUGGUCUGUCACCUCUGCUGCUGGAAACUGUCACAAUCCUCAACUGAGAGGAGCUGCACCAGUUUACUCCAGCAGAGGAUCUGGCCCAUUUACACAAGAUUCUGCUGAGAUGAGACACCUACAGGGAGAGAUGUGAAGAGGAAAGAUGCCACUGAUCUGAGAUCUGUCACAGAGGAAGGGGGUGGAGGGACUGACUGUGUCCUGUUCAGCUCUGCAAGUUCUCUUGCAAGCAAAUCCAGGUGACACAGAAUCAGAUCCACAUAUAUAUUUUCCCCCCUGGGAAGUCUUGAGUUUGCCACUAUUUGCAUUUCCAAAUGGACAGCAAUCAUUGCCGAAGAUGAUGAGCAAAUUAAAGCCUAAACUAAAUCACAAGGCUUCCAAAACCACGAUCUUUUCAGCAUCUAUGUCAAGUUUUAGCUCUGCACACUCAAAUUUAAAUGCCCUGCCAGUAAAAACAAUCACAAAUAAUUACAUCAAGUGACUGAACAACUGAUUCAUCUCCCACUGUAGUGUAAUCUAAAACUCAGAUCAGCAUCUGAACAAAGAAUUUGUUCAUACCACAGUUUCCCCUCUAGACAGAUGACUUACAUUUAAAAAGGAAAGUGGGUAGGGAGAAAAAUCUCUCUACAUCUCCUGGGUUUUUUUUACAGUCUAAAUAUACCAGAACCUCUGUCCAGCUCUUGGCCUGACCAUAACCUGAAUGUAUGUCAAUGUUGUAGCAACCAGAAACUGGAACCAGUCUGUGCCCAGGGCUUUGAAUGGAAACAAGACCUAAGCUCUUGUGCUGACUUUCUGGCAUUGUUCACAGCAAUUUGUUUCUCUGUGCCUCAGUUUUACCAUCAGAAAUCACAGAAGGUGUGACUGGAGCAGGUGUUAACCUGUUGUCCUAAGCUCAGCCAUUUGUUUACAUAGGCAAGAAAGAAUUUGGACCACUGGGUUUACCAGUAAUACCUGGGGGCAGCUGCCAGAAAAACACCUCACUUUAUACAGCAGUUUGUGAUCAUCUGGUGAAAGCUUGACAGAUGUUUUGCUAUUAGGGGAGCUGGAAUGAUUUUCAGUAAGGGAGAAGCAGCACCUGCCUGGCUCUGCUUAACCUCUGUGUUUAGAAUCUGCAGGCAGAGAAGUUAUUUGGUCAAAAUGUCACAGAAAAGCUUCUAAGAAAGGCAUCUGCAGCCGCCUAAUGUGGCAUGGCUGCCUCUGCUUUUCUCUCCAUGUCCCUGCUGUGUGGGAGGAAAUUUCCACUGGCAGCUUUUGCUGCCGUCACUGUUGCAUGUUUGCAGAUGUUGUCCUGCUGCUCAAGAGGCCCUGGCUUGUACCAGGCAGGUACUGCACCUGCCUCUCACCUGCCAGCUCCAGCUCCUUCUCUCCACCCCCGAGGAGAAAGGCCAGAGGACAUAUUUCCACUAACCAGAAAUUCCAGGAGCUCCUGUGUCUGCAAAGCAAAGAUCCCGCACGGUUUGUGUUGAUCACUAUCCAAGGGCUUAAAACACUUGUCCCAGUUAAUGACAGGGAAGUCAGAAUACAAUUCAUCUUCUGUCCUUCUGCCUAACUAGUUUAACACGGAAUUAGGCAUUGGGAAGGAAACAGCCAGAGGGCUGACUGGCUGUGCUAGGAAAUGAUCCUGAGGAGCAACUGUGAAAGCUGCCGAGCUCUCCAGCAGAAGGCACCAAGCCGGCUGGCAAGGAAGGGAUCUCUGAUCUCUGCAGGCUCCAGGGGCUGAGCUCAUUUCUGUGAUCACUAACAAUCUUUCCUGUCAGGGGUGAUCGCCCUGUUUUGCAGACAAUACGACAUCAUCAAAGA